AUGGAGCAUAGGGUUGCUUCCUCAGUUCAAGAUAUUCCAAUUGUGGAAAUUUGUACUGUGGAAACAGUUCUGAAAGCAACUCAUGUUUCCCUUAACCCCAAUGCCCCCCACCCACCAAGCCCAACAAAAGAAGCCCAAGGCCCAAGUACCGGCAUUACGCAAUACGGAGAGCAACCCGAACUUGAGCCCCAUGGGGCUCGGGGAGCAUAUGAAAUCGCCCUUUGGGCCGGACCAGCUCGAUCCAAAAUAUCAAUUACCACAUAUAUGAGCCUUUUGGAAACUAUCAAUUACUUUUGCUUCAAAAUAUUUAUUGCUUUUCAACUAAUCCCUGCAUCGGAUACAGAAGACGGAGCAUCGCACGCCUGUGGUCCCCGCCUCAACUAA